GAAUACUAGUAACCUAAACCGUUCCUGUUUUUAAUUAACCUGGUGGUUCAGUAGAUUGUAAAUUCCGUUACUUUGACCGUUCCAGUACAUAACGAACUUCGUUCAAUAACGAAACAGGUGGUUCCGUACAAGUACUUGAGGAACGUAGCCCAGGUUCAACAAUACAAAAUAGAACGCGUGGCAAACAUCCAAAAGAACUGAACACAUCUCAUGCUUGCCAUAACAACUUUGUUACCGCAACAGGACGGCUAGAAGGUUAACGCGGUAACUUCGAGUAUCACUGUCUGUCUCAGCUCGUGUGAUGGCGUCCCUGUGGCAUAUACAGCCCCGGCAGGUGAACAAUGGUAGUGCGACCUACGAUAACAGCAGUUGUUUCAGUGCCACAGAAAGCACUGUCCUCAAGGGAGUGAGCUUCGGGGGGGUGCAUGUCGUACUGCUGCUGGACUUCAUCGUCUUUUUGGUGUUGCUGGGCCUCUUCUCCAUCAUCAGGAGGAGGUUGUGGGACUACGGGCGCCUGGCACUGAUGUCCGACAGUGAAGGAUUCAGUGAGACGUCGAACCACCCCUACGGGAGGAUGUCAUCCUGUGUAUCUAACACAGAGGAGCCCGAGCACGAAAUGGGUUUCUGCUCCUGGCUGCCCUUCAUCAUCAGAAUGGACGAGGAGAUGGUGAAGGCGCGGUGCGGUAUUGACGCGGUCCACUACCUGUCCUUCCAGCGUCACCUGAUCGUCCUGCUGGUACUGAUCACCGUCGCCUCUGUGGCUGUCAUCCUGCCUGUCAACCUGUCUGGUAACCUGCUGGGAAAUGACCCAUACAACUUCGGAAGGACAACUGUGGGUAACCUUCAGAAGGAUGAUGACCUUCUGUGGCUACACACAGUGUUUGCAGUCAUCUACCUCAUUCUCACAGUGUUACUGUUGAGACGACACACCUCCCAGAUGAAGGGCAUGGGCAGAGGGCUGUCCAGAAACACCCUGUUUGUGUGUUCCAUCCCCAAAGACGCCAGUGAAGAGGGCGUCAGGACCCACUUUACUGAGGCCUAUCCUACCUGCCAUGUGAGCGACGUUCACCUGACCUACGAUGUGGCCGCGCUGAUACACUUGGACAAGGAGAGGAAGCGAGCGGAGAAAAACCUGCGCUUCUACUUGCGGGUCGAGGAGCGUGACGGGAGGAGAGAGGUGAUCAACCCCCGCCUGUGUGGUCACCUCUGCAGCUGCUGCCGCCCCCGCAACUGUCAGGAGGUAGAUGCCAUAGAUUACUACAGUGACCAGGAGAAAAGCCUGUUGGAGGAGGUGGAGAGGCAGAAAGAGUUGGUUCCUCAGCACCCUCUAGGGAUGGCAUUCGUUAGCCUGCAGUCAGAGGCAAUGGCCACAUACAUUCUGAAGGACUUCAACGCCCUGGACUGCGGAGGCAGGGGCAGAGCCGUGGGCAGUGGGUGUGGCCGGGAGCCCCAGCCUUCGUCCAAUAGCGCGGCUCUGAAAGUGAGACACUGGAGGGUUGACUAUGCCCCUCAUCCCAAAAACGUUUACUGGGAGAACUUGUCAGUGCAGGGCUUCCGCUGGUGGUUCCGAUGCCUGCUGCUCAACUUCUUAGUCUUCCUUCUCCUCACCUUCCUCACCACCCCGUCCAUCGUCAUCAGCACCAUAGACAAGUUCAACGUCACCAAGCCCAUCUAUUACCUCAACAGCGCCGUGGUCAGCCAGUUCUUUCCCACACUACUGCUUUGGACCUUCUCUGCCCUACUGCCCACCGUAGUGUAUUACUCAACUCUGGGAGAGUGUCACUGGAGCAGGUCAAGUGAGCAGUUGAGUAUGAUGCACAAGCUUUACAUCUUCCUCCUGUUCAUGGUUCUGAUCUUACCCUCUCUUGGACUUACCAGUCUGGCUGUAUUUUUCCGCUGGCUGUUCGACAAAAAGUUUCUGGAAGAUGGAAAGCUGAGGUUUGAGUGUGUGUUCCUGCCUGACCAGGGGGCAUUUUUUGUGAACUAUGUUAUCGCAGCGGCCCUGGUGGGCUCUGGGAUGGGGCUUUUGCGGUUGCCAGGGUUACUGCUAUACACCAUCCGCAUGGCAUUGGCUCGUUCCGCGGCAGAGAGGAAGUAUGUCAAACAGAACCAGGCCUAUGAGUUUGAGUAUGGAGUCAUGUACGGUUGGACACUGUGUGUGUUCACUGUCAUAAUGGCCUACAGCAUCACCUGCCCUGUGAUCGUGCCUUUCGGUCUGCUGUACCUGAUGCUGAAGCACCUAGUGGACAAACACAACCUGUACUUUGCAUACCUGCCCGCCCGCAUGGACAGACAGGUGCACCUGGGAGCUGUCAAUCAAGCCCUGGCCGCGCCCAUCAUCUGCCUGAUUUGGCUCUAUUUCUUCUCCGUCCUCCGGACAGGGUUCAAGGCAUACACGUCUAUCUUCACCUUGGUGGUCCUGUGUCUGACUAUUGGCAUCUGCAUCAGCUACACCUGCUUUGGACACUUCAAGUACCUCAGCCCUCAUAACUACAAGGUGAAGGAGGAUGAGGAUUUGGGGAAUGGAUCGGCAGACAGCAGCCUGGUCUACCUUCCCAGGGUGCUUAGGACCGAUUUCAUAGCCUGUGACGACCGAGUUGGGUGUAAAACCCCCCAGUCGUAUGGGACCACAGACAGCAGCCCAGCCAAUCUGAGCCCUGUAGACGAUGAAUUGUUGAACCCCUGAACCUGAGACACUGCCCUCUGCUGCAGCCCCCCCAGACCUAAGGUGAUGGCACAUGUCAGUGGAUCCCUGCCCUUUCAAUGGCCCUGAAAAUGAUUCACCCCCUUGGACUUCUCUGCAUUUCGUGUCACAACAUGAAAUCAGAACAGGGUUUUACGUAGAAGUUCUGCCACUGCUCAGCACAAAAAAAGGCCAUAAUGUCAGAGUGGAAAAUAAAAAUGUAGAAAUGGUUCAAUAUUAAUUCCAUCCAUUUUACCCACGGUCUCCAAGCUUUCCUUGGGAAGAGAAGCCUCCUCAUUGUUCUAGACUGAUUCCGUUGUGACAUAUUCUCUGUGGAUGGGACGCGCCACCCUGUCGCUCCGGGGCAUGCUUCCGAAUGUCAACCCAGUCUGACCCAAGUGAAUUGGCCAUUUUCACUGCAACAAUGGUGAAGCUGUUCGCUAUGCUGACUCAUUAUGUAUAUCAGGCUGUGGUGCUAGAUUGAAUCCUGACGGAGUUUAGUGAACUUUUUCACGUCAAACGACACAGUUUAUUGUUGUUUACAAUAUGUUUCAUGUAGUUUAUCUUAUGACCUUCUCUCCUUGAUAAUCCAAAACAAUACAACAGAAGCACAGUUUCAAAAAUGUAAAUGCCUAACCAUUGCCCCACUAGUUGUUGAACAUUAGGUUGAAAGACGACUAUAUAAACCAGUGUUUCUCAACCCUGCUGCGGGGCACUCGCUACCCUGCAUGUUUUGGAUCUCUCCCUGCUCUGUCCCACCUGAUUCAAAGGAUCCGCUCAUUAUCGAGCCCUUCAUGAGCUACAUCAGGUACGUUAGGGCAGGGAGAGAUCUAAAAAAAAAUGCAGGACAGGGGGGGCGUCCAGGAGCAGGGUUGUGAAACACUGAUAUAAACAUUCAACAUGUGAAGUCUUUGUCCCGCAGGUGUCAGCACUGUGCAGUGAGUUUUUUAAGAGAAUGGCCCAAUUUGACAGAAGCCCUAAAUGCGCUCUGGGGGAUAUUAAAAGCCUAGGAGAUGUUCUUAUAUACUAACCUGGAUUGGUGCUUCUAGAGACAGGUGUAUUUUCACCUGAAAUAACUGGAAAGACUUUGGACACGGGUGGACUUGUAAAGACAAAUAUUUGCACCACUGCUCCUUCAGGUGUGUCAUAGCAAAGUGUGUGAAUUCAAAUGCAAUCAACUUUUAUUGUUUUGUAAUUAAUUUAGAAUGAAUUAAUUAUUUGCAGAUUUUAUUGUUGACUUUGACAAUAUUUACUUUUUGUGUUGAUCACUGGCAAAAAUGUAAUGAAACACAAUAAUAUGUGGAAAGGUCCAAGGGUGAAUACAUUUGGAAGCAACUGUAUGUAACAUACAUCCUUUAUUUUCCACUUCAUCUGGCCUGCUAUGUAUCAACAGGCAGGUGAAAUUACAGUUGAUUCAGUGAUUAUUUUCAGGAAGGGAGAUUCUGCCAAGGCCCCGCCCAGAGAUGGGAGUUCCCUCAGGAGCCAAGCCGUCCGUGAGAAAUGCCCUAAUAGACCAACCUGCAAAGCUUGCGUUGCCCUUAAGAGCUGAUUUCACCAAAGACCAUCCAUGACCAUUUUGUCAAGAAGGACCUUCCUGGUGUAACACUGCCUCAGUAAAAACGGCCACACCGGAGACUUUCUCCAAAGACUCUCCUGUCAGAGCAAUGGGAUUUACAGCCUUAGAAAUGCACAACAGAUACUGUGAGAAAUGCUGAUGCCAAAGACAGCUCUUGGCUUCCAAUGGAUCACUGUCUGUCUUUGCCUUCCUUCUUCUCCUUAUGUGCAUUUCCGCUGAGUUUAAAUUCCCAUGCAGUCUUUUGAAUAGGUAAUCAUCACUUUGUUUGACUUGUCACUAUGUGUGUUGACAUGUUCAGUAUCACUCGGUUGAAUGUCACUUAAUACUUAGGUAUUUCCUUUAACGUCCUUUGACUCCUUAAAAGACUCUGUCUGAUCGUUCGGGCAGUAGUAAAUAAUUUUAAAAAAUGUCUUUAAACAGCUAUUGAACAAUAGGGCCUUUGUCAUCAUUUUCACUUUUUCAUAAUUGUACUUCAACCUUGUAGGGUAAAUUUAAGAAAUGUGUUGGAAAAUCUCUUUGCACUGGGCUUUAAAUGUGUGCUUGAUAUCCAGAAUGACCAACAGAGGGCACUGUUGUUGCAUGGCAAUUAGUAUCCUCCAAACCAGUGGCUUUCAAAUUUAGGCCUCAAAGUUGCAGUACUGCUGCUUUUCAUCUUAUGGAUGCCAAUUUACUUUCUGAUUCAGGCCAACCAAUGACAAACAACCAUUACAGAGAAAACCAACAAUACUGUGCACCUCAACAGCUAUAGAUUUGAGGAACUGAGAAAUUGACUGAGCAAUCUUUUUUUUUUAUUUUUUGUUUUUUUUACUGCGUUUUAUUGCAACCUUCCAUUAGAAAGUAUUUCAAAAGCAAAUUGGCUGUAGGAAGUGUUACCAUAGUGCACUAAUGAUUCAUUAUUUAUUAUGUCAUUGUUAUGGUAAGCAAGAAGCUUAACUUGCCCAUGCAAAGGAGUUAGCAUCGGUUAAGAAUGAAAUUGUCUAAGAUGUUUUGGGAUAUUAACAACCCAAAAGCUUUUCUUCAUACUUUGCAUGUAGGCAUAUAAAUACUGUAAAUGUUUAAAAGUUGUAAAGAGUUUUUACAAAUACCUUUUCAUAUUAUUUAAUGAGUACAUUUUAAUUUCAUUUUUUACUGAAUCAUGUUUCAAAGAAAAAUGUUUUAUAUUAACCUGAUAUUUUGAGUAGAUUAAUCAUUGUUAACAAUCUAUGACAACAACAAAAAUAUUGAACUGACUAACUGCAUUCAUUAUAAACGGGAGUAUUUACUGUGUGUGUGCACAUGAA